GGUGAUGUCAGCUCCUCCAUUCAUGAAGCACAUGAAUAAUUGAGCAUGCAGCAGGCUCCCUGUAGCAGCAGCCACAGGAAGAGGUGGAAUGCAACCAGAGAGCGAGAGAAAGAGAGAGAGAGUCAUUCUCGUUCUCGUUCCAUACAGCCAUCCGUCGCAUUUGACGGUGAGCAGAAAUCACAACAGAAAAGCCUAGCUUGAGUACAUGCAAAUGCUGCAAUCAAACAGAUGAUCCAGUGAGUGGAGGAGCCGAGAAAAAGGAGAAUGAGACCGAAACAUAGAAGCUUGCUCGACGGAGCCUAUCAGUCUCGACUAGACAAACGAGAAGAGAGCAAAGGAUAAAACGAGACAAGACGACUGCCAGUGCAUUUUUUUUUGUAUCCUCCACUGCCGCCAUAUCUUCCUCCUGCUUUUUUUUCCGUCCAUUUCUCCUGGCAUGAUCUGGCACUCAUCCACCCUCCUCUCCGUUAUCCCGUUCUCUCCUCCCCGCCCUCCUCCUCCUAUUCUUAUGCCAAUGCCGCUGCAUGAAUGAAGCCGCUCGAAAAGGGCUCAUCUCGCGGCUCUCUACAUGGCUACGACCAGCACUGCCAGUAACUCAAACAAGAGCACUCCUGCUUGCUCACCAGUCCUGCGCAAACGAUCGCGCUCUCCCACACCACAGAGCCAGGAAGGUGACAACAUGGUGGAGAAGGGCUCGGACCACUCCUCGGACAAGUCGCCCUCCACGCCCGAGCAAGUUGUCCAGAGGACCUACUCACUGCAGUCAGCACGCAGCGGGGGAAAGAACUCCAAAUCUCACAAGCGACUUUCCAAAUAUGACAGACUAAACCUGAUUAAAAAGAGCCAAAGCUGGUAUAACCAUGAAAGACAACACAUCAUGAGAGUGCUGAGCCCCACAUACAAACAGCGCAAUGAGGACUUCAGAAAACUCUUCAAGCAGCUACCUGACACAGAGAGACUCAUUGUGGACUAUUCCUGUGCGCUGCAACGGGACAUCCUCCUGCAGGGACGACUCUACCUCUCCGAGAACUGGAUCUGUUUCUAUAGCAACAUAUUCCGCUGGGAAACACUGCUGACAGUGCGGCUAAAGGACAUCUGCUCAAUGACGAAAGAAAAGACUGCCCGCCUCAUUCCCAACGCCAUCCAGGUCUGCACUGACAAUGAGAAGCACUUUUUCACCUCUUUUGGAGCCAGAGACAGGACGUACAUGAUGAUGUUCAGACUUUGGCAGAAUGCGCUGCUUGACAAGCCGCUGUGCCCCAAAGAGCUGUGGCACUUUGUCCACCAGUGCUACGGCAACGAGCUCGGCCUGACCAGUGAUGAUGAGGACUAUGUCCCCCCUGAUGAUGACUUCAACACCAUGGGGUUUAGUGAAGAGAUUCCAAAUGAAGAAAAUGAGAUGAACAAUGACAACUUGUCUAAAAGCAGCGCAGAGGCCAAGUCUGAUGGGAGUCCACCUCUUCUUCACAAGAAGGUCAUCCCAAACAGCACCAUCGACCGCACGGGCAACCAUGACACACCCAUCACAUUUGACCUCCCCACAGACGAUUUCACAGACUGCCAACCAGAUGGCGAGCUUCUAGCUGUGCCUCUGCUGGUGGAAGAGAAGAACAAUGACACCAGCGGAACCGGCGGCCCGGUUCCCUCGCCCUCGCUCGACUUCAACGACAACGAGGACAUCCCCACCGAGCUCAGCGACUCUUCAGAGACUCACGAUGAGGGUGAGGUUCAGGCCUUCCACGAGGAUCUGAACGGGAGGCAGUACAUCAAUGAGAUCUACAAGUUUAGCGUGGACAAGCUGUACGACAUCCUUUUCACAGAGUCGCAGUUCAUGAACGAUUUCAUGGAGCAGCGGCGAUUUUCAGAUGUGAUUUACCACCCAUGGAAGAAGGAGGAGGCUGGGAAUCAGACAAGGGAAAUCCUGUACACCAUCUCACUGACAAACCCUCUAGCCCCCAAGACAGCCACCGUCACCGAAACACAAACUCUGUACAAGGCCAGUCAAGAGAGUGAGUGUUACAUCAUCGACGCUGAGGUCAUCACACAUGACGUCCCCUACCACGACUACUUCUACACCCUCAACCGCUACAUGCUCACCCGGGUCGCCAAGAACAAGUGUCGCUUAAGGGUAUCAACAGAGCUGCGCUAUAGGAAACAGCCAUGGGGGCUGGUGAAAGGCUUCAUCGAGAAAAACUUUUGGAGUGGGUUGGAGGAGAACUUUCGCCAGCUCGAAGUGGAGCUGUCCAAGCUGGAGGAGAUCCUGACCGAGGCCCACCAGCUCUCCCCAAAGGCUAAAGUGGUGAAGAACGCCACGGUGAGGCGGAAGAAGAGACCCACCCCCCACAUGCGCAGCCAGCAUCUGGAUGAAGCGCUCAGUCCCGUCACCACGCCGACAGACGAGGAAGUGAUUCAGCGCAUCAAACAAGUGGCAGGCUCCACACAGACCAGACAUCAGAGUCCAGAGCAUCGUCGCCUGCCUGGGGGCUUGGCUCUAUACAGCGUCUCCAAACUGCUGCUCAUCAUCAGCUUCGUGAUCUGUCUAAGUCUGGUCCUGUUGGUGUUCCUCAAUAUGAUGCUCUUCUACAAGCUAUGGAUGCUGGAGUAUUCUGCACAGUCUUUAACAACCUGGCAAGGUCUGCGGCUCCAUGAAAGUAAACUUCCUCAGACACAAAUGGAGUGGGCCCAGCUCUUGGAGGCACAGCAGCGUUUCCAUGACGCCGAACUGCAGAAAUGGAGGGAGAUAAUCAAGUCAUCCGUGGUAUUACUCGACCAGAUGAAAGACUCUUUAUUGAACCUCCAGCGGGGUAUUGGGUUGAGGGACUACAGCUCGGAAACUGAAGAUAAGAGGACUCACUACCACUGAUCCGCUGCCACAAAACAAGGCCAUGAGGGCAUGCUGUGCAAUAUUGGACCGCUUUUGUUUUUCUUUUUUAUGAUUCUGUAUGCAGGGAGAUAAAAAGUAAGCAGGUCCAGGAACAUGAAGAGGGGGUGAGGAGUGAAGACUGAGAUGGGAAUUGAGAAGAUGUCUCCAGCAGCAGCAGCGACUUUAACCGACUGUAAGCCAUGUGUGUCAUCAAGGGGGUCAGGCAGGAAGAAUGAGUUCACUCUUGCAUGCAUUUAGACAUCUUACAGCAACUCCUGUCAGUAUUCAUGCGGUUCCAAUUCCAGUUUGUGUAUAUCAAAAACAACUGGAAGAGGAGAGACAGGGUUCAUUUGGAGAGUUCAAAGUCGUUCUACUCUCACGACUGUUCCUCAUCGUCCCCCUAGAGGACCUCGCUGCAGCGUCUCUUUUCACAAAGGAUAUCCGACUGCAGUUUGUUUGACCAUCAUCUUACAAAUCUGGUCUGAGUGGUCUUUGUCAGGGCUGGUUCCCUGUCAGACAGCCAAAUUUGAAGACGACACAAUCUGCUUUGACAGUUGUUUCUGCGCAGUGAUAAUGAACCUUGCCCAAUCAAUGAUGGUCGAAUGUAGAAAUAGAAUGUAUGUUUCAAUUAGAAGACUUUUAAAAAGAGGCACUGCAGCGACUAGUAGGGAGACGUCUUCUUACAUGUUUUGUUACUAAACUGUGACUAUAUCUCUUUAGAAGUGUUUCCAAUUAGAAAGAAUUCUAUGAAUAUAUUUGAACUAUAUUAGUAUUUCAUUAUUUAAUAUAUAUACAUUUCAAAAUAUAUGAGCAUUACCUAUAUUUAUUGUUCAUUUAUGUACAUAAGAAAUGAGAGCUCUACAGCUGCUGAAGAAUUUCUAAAAAAAAAAAAAGUUUUCCUCUUUAAAAGAAAAAAAAAUGCAUGCCAGAUAUGUCUGUGACAUGUCCAGUGUGCAAGUACGAAUCUGCAUUUGUGCGAUUAUAUUCGCACGUGUGCGUGUGUGUAGAUGUGUGUAAAGAGUGUGACAUUUCUACCAUUCCACAUGUGGUUUUUUUUUCUGUUCCUGGUUCCUGCAGCCAGACUGCCUUUUUUGGGAUGCAGCCUUGCAUUAGCCCUAACCACACUGAAGUUUACCAUCCAAACUUUUUUCUCACAUUUUAAUCAAAUGUUUGGAAAACUACAUCAAUCCACUUGCUGUAACAAGUGGUGCUUUUCUAAGGAAAAGUAGCUGAUUUGGCCCAAUUACUUAAGUAGGCCCUAACAGCUAUGUACUUGAGCACCCAAAUAAUACAUCGUGUUUAAAACUACGCAAAAUACAAUAAAGUUUUAGUCGUCACAAUGCACACUAUCAGUCACUUGUUGCUAGGUACAAUUCCUACCUAGCAAAAAUGAGUGUUCCUUGAGCCCAAAGAUAAAUUUGCCAUGUGCGGGUCACAUUCUCUACAAUGUUUUCAUCAUAAAAAAUAAAAAAGGGCACGGAAAAUUGGCAGUGAACUAAUCAGACACUUAUAGGACAUAACUCUAAAAACAGUUGCGUAUGAGGUGACUUUAAUGCAUAUAUAAAAAGUGAAAAUGUCCAUGCUAAGAAUACAGAUGAAUAUUGCACAGGUUAUAUCGCAAUGUUGUUUUUUUUUAAAAAAAAAACAUUUCAACAUUUUUAUGAUCUAAUCUGGGGAUUUUACUUUUUCGGUACUACGGCUACAACAUUGCAACUGAAUUGUUACUCUAAAUAUACAUCAGAAUAUUAGGGCCACACAAAAAAAGAAAAUGAUGAUACAAGGAAAAACUAGAAACGGUAGGAAAUAAAAUUGUAAUAGUCUGAGACAAAACUCAAAAUGAUAUCAGUCAAAAAGUUACAAAAAAUGUUAUGCAAAUGGGAUUAGUUGGAGAAACUCAUACUUUUGCAAGAAUAUAAAUGAAUAUUUUACGUAUUACAUAUUUUACAUUACCAGAAUGAAAAAUACUUAACAUGUUCUGUUAAGUAAACUCUUAAUUUUCCAAGAUCAUUUUUUCAAUUACAAUAAAGUUGUAAUGUAGGAGGAAAUAGAAAAAUGAGAAUACACUUGUGAAGGAAAAGUCUAUUUUACACAAAUCAAAUUCUAACUACAUGAAAAAAAAACUAAAGUAUAGGAGUAUCAAAUCAUAAAGACUUAAAAUUGUAUCAGCAGAAAGUAAUAAUUUUAUGCUGCUCAAAAAAGUAAAUAUUUAAUGCAAAUUGUUAAUUUUGAUUUUCACUCUUAUAAUCAUGGAGAUUUUUUAAAACGUCAUUCUAUUUUUGUAACUGAUUUUCCAUCAUUUCAAUAUUAUUUUUCUUUUUAUGCCUGUAAUAUUCCUCAAUCAUGAUAUAUUUAAAAGUAUUUGUUUUCACUAUACCACCAUCUAGUGGAUCUCAUGGGGCACUGCCACACCUGCCCCUAAUUCAAAUUGUCCACUAGAGGCAAUGCCAUAAACUGCUUUGUCCCAAGAUGUCACACUCUUCUUUAAAGUCUGCUAAUUUGAAUGCCUCCCAACUGUUUUCAAGUGUUUGUCUGUGUUGGAUGCAACGUGCAGCAUGAGAAUGAAAGGAACCAAAUGAAAGAAUUCUAGAAAUUGUCAUGUUGUAUGUUCAACGAAGUAUUAUUACAUGUACAGUAGAUUGGCAUCAAGAGCAUGACUAGAAGAGAAAACCUUUUAGCUGAACUUCAGCCAUAACUAAAAGCACUUCCAAACCUCCUUGUAUUCAAUCAUUCAAUUUUAAAAAAAAAUAAGAGAAGCACUUUAUUCCAACUUUAAUAGUGUCUCCAGGUAUGAGAUCAUCUUCCAAACAGUUAUUUUCAUUUUGGUCUUGAUGCGAAUUACUUGAUCCCCCAAAAAGUAUAUUUCUGUAUUCUUCUUUGUGUGCGUGCGUGUGUGCGUGCGUGUGGUCUAUGUGCUUGUGGCGUAUAGGAAUGAAAAGGAAUCAUUAAUGUUUAUGCGUGUGACUAUAACGGAUGAACACCUGCUGUGUGGGGGCUCACUUGAAGGUUUUUUUUGCUAUGUGUUACACCGCUCCAUGUUUUAAUAUAAAUAUUUUAAAGAGAGAAAAAGAGAGACCACUUUAUGAGACUGAAGAGUUAUGAAGAGAAUCUAUGCUUAAUUUUUAUGAUGGUACAGAAUGUCAUGAAAAAUGUGAAAUGGGAACUAUUUUUACUUUUCCAGAUGCUUUUUUUUUUUUUUACUACUGUUUUGUUUAAGAAACACUCAACUGAUUGAGCUGGAUAGCAAGUAUGACUCCAUGUAUUUCAAGGACAGAUAUUUGACUUAAUGAUUCUCAUUCUAUUCAAACACUCUGUUUUUCUAUUUAUUUUACAACAAAUCUCAUUUAGAUGACCCCAGCUAUGCUUUUCUAUUUAUUUUACAACAAAUCUCAUUUAGAUGACCCCAGCUAUGCUAUUGAAUAGUAUAGGCUACUGUAUUGUAUUAAAGAUUGUAUUGUCGGUGCACAGCAGUGGAACGCUUUAAUGGUAUUAAUUGGCAUUAAUUAAUCAACAGUAAUUAAACAAAACAGCCUUUGUUAACGCAACAGUGAAGAAUAACCGAGGAAUUUCAUUUAAGGCUACCCAUGUUCAGAACUUGGCUAAAGUAUAUUAACAGUACAUUGUAUUUAAGCUAGUUAAUGCUGCUAAUCUUUACUGCAAUGGAACGCUUUGUUUUUAUUAAUUAGAACCCAUCACUGUACCAUUUCUGUAAUUUAAAAAAAAGAAAACACCCUGAAGCAACAUGAAGAAAUAAUUCUUGCCAGCAUUAUGGCAGUAACAAAAUGUGCAUUAAGAAGCUGAUGAAUGUAUGUGCUAAUGCAUAUGAGCAGUGUCCUGGCUGGUCCACAAAUAUUACAGGCCACUACAUAACAUGGUCUGUGGUCUCCAUGGCAGUAAAUAAUAUGUAGCCAGUAUACCAUUCAAAAACAAUCAAUAUCGCGCUUUUUACACACAGCCCCUUUUUGAAGUCAGAUGAAACAUGUUGCUUUAACAUGGGAAAUGACCACUGAUUGAGUCAAAAUCAAGAGUUCUACUGUAUGUUUAGUUUGAUUUCUUUUUUUAGAAAAUGUUUUGAUCUUCUCCCAGGAGAAUUUUAGUAACAUUUCUACACAAGAUAAAUAUAUACUGUAAGUAUAUGGUGUGUAUGUGUGUGAGGGGUAUUUCUCCAGUGUGCACGCACACACACAUACUCAACACAUGAAAUCUUAAGAGAAGAAAUCCAACCUGCGCUGCGCGUAGGCUUUCUUUGACUUGCUGAUAUUUUUUUUGCCUCAUAGAGACUAAAAGACAAAGUGGCUUUCUGGUUCUUGUGAAGUAGAGACUGAACGUAUGAAUAAAGAUCUAAUGCGGAUACA